AUGGAGAUCGCUACACCGCAAGCACCCAUAAACGAGGGCGCCACCUCCCCGCCCCGAAAUGUCGACACAGAUCUGAUAUUCUGGAGACGGCCAGCGGACUUGCGCCUAGUCUCCGAUUUCACCAAAGUCGGCCGGGAAGAAGGCGUGGCGGCGAUGAAGAAUCUCGAGGAAGAGCAUCGCAUUCACGUUCACGACCUCCACGGCCACGAGUCGGAUUUCUCCUUGCACCAGAACGGCUUCCAGUAUGUCUGGCACGAGAUCCCCGAGCUCGGCAGCGCUGCGGAUGAAGAGCAGGUGCAGAAUUUCAUCAUCCCUCGAACGGAGGAUUUGGUCAAGAAAUUGUAUGUCGGUAUUUUGCAAAACCGGGGCAUCGCGAACCAAAACAUUCAAGCACCGGGUCCGCUGCCUAGCCAGCGGACCAGCCAUGUUUGCCAUAAUCGCGCCCCUGCACACAGCGUGCACUCGGACUUCACCGUCGCCGGCGCGCUGCGCAACCUCGCCAACACGAUCCCCGAUUCAGAAGAGCGCGAGCAGCUUCUAUCCAAGCGGGUGAUGAUCGUCAACAUCUGGCGGCCCUUGAAGACCGUAACCAGAGACCCGCUGGCGGUCUGUGACUGGGGGUCCCUGAAUCACAAGAACGACGGCAUUGCCAACCGGCUCGUUCUGCCGGGGGGUGGAAUGAGCUGGGGAAGAAGCUUGGUGUUUUUGCAGUUUGAUAGUGAGCGGGCCGAGGAGGGUGGCGUUACCGUUCCUCAUACUGCAUUUGUGGAUCCGGCGUUUAGGGAUGGGCCGCCUCGGGAGAGUAUUGAGAUUAAGAUGUUUGCGUUUUUUUAG